AUGACCCCAAUCCAGGGACAGCAACACCAUGAGACAGAAUCCCUGGCUGUCUAUUCUAUAUAUACUCAACGACAAAAAGCUUUUAUUGUAUUCAUGUCUGGUCUAGGGGGAUUCUUUUCGCCUCUAUCCGCAAAUACAUAUUUACCUAGCAUCCCUAGCCUAUCCGAUUAUCUUGGAGUGUCACCAUCUUUGAUGAAUCUUACAGUUACUGCGUUUCUGAUUUUCCAAGGACUGGCUCCGUCAUUUUACGGCGAUCUUGCUGACAUUGCUGGUCGACGGCCUGCAUAUUUAAUUUCAUUCAUCAUUUACAUAGCUGCAAACAUUGGCUUGGCCAGCCAAUCCUCUUAUCCAGCGUUGUUUGUUCUCAGGUGUCUCCAGAGCUCAGGAUCAGGAGGUACAUAUGCAUUGAACAGUGGAGUUAUUGCAGAUAUUACGACCACAGCGGAACGUGGAAGAUACAUGGGCGCAGCUCAAAGUGGGAUCAUGCUUGGGCCAGCAAUUGGACCUAUAUUGGGCGGCGUUCUUGCUCAAUAUCUUGGCUGGAGAUCUAUAUUCUGGUUUCUGACGAUCUGCGGCAGCAUAUAUGUCAUUGUAUUUGCCAUAACUGUUCCAGAAACUGCCAGAAAAGUGGUUGGAAAUGGUUCCAUUCCACCAACGGCAUGGUGGAGUCGUUCCUUACUGAACGAAGUUGCUCGUCGUAAGGCUGUGACCGAGCAGAGAGACGACGACAAAAUUUCCCCACGACCAAAGCCUUGCCAGCUGAAAUUUCCGAAUCCUUUGAAGACAUUGUUGAUCAUUAGUGAAAAAGACUGUGCGGUGACUCUGUUCUACAACGCCAUCAUCUAUACAUCGUGGUAUACAGUAACGGCCAAUUUUUCAAACCUACUCUCGGAGAUUUACCAUCUGAACACACUACAGAUAGGAUUAUGCUACAUACCUUUUGGCGUGGGAGCGGCACUCUCCAUCAUGGCCAACGGAUAUAUCCAGGACUGGAAUUAUGCACGUGUUGCCCGUUCCCAUGGUUUCCCAGUUGAUAAGAAGCGAGGCGAUGAUUUAACAAACUUUCCUAUUGAGAAAGCAAGACUUAACAUUGUUUGGCCCUUUGUCUACGUAGGUGCCGUGGCAAUCAUCGGCUUUGGCUGGGCAGCUACGUUCAAGACGCACAUCUCAGCCCUUUUGGUCCUCACGUUCGCUAUGGCUCUGUUUCUCACUGCUUGCUAUAACAGCAUGAACCUUUUACUCGUUGAUUUAUAUCCAAAUUCACCUUCGACUGCCUCUGCUGCGAAUAAUUUGACCAGGUGCCUAAUGGCGGCAGGAGGAACUGCCAUUAUUGAGCCUAUGAUUCGCACCAUGGGAACUGGUUGGGCAUAUACUCUAAUUGGAAUCCUCAUCAUUGCGUUGAGCCCAACUCUUUAUAUUGUUACCCGCUAUGGUCCGGUAUGGAGAGAAGAGCGGAGGUUGCGGUUGGAAAAUAAGGAAGCGGCACGGAAACGCUCAGUAGAGCAGCAUGUGUGA